AUGCUGGAAAUGUCAAUUUGUGAAGGUAAAGGAAUUGAUAUUGAUUUACAAAAUGAAAUAAAGUUAGAAGAAAAUCAUUGGAGAUUAGUAUUAAAAGCAAUAAUUGACAUAAUUAUGCAUCUAGCAAUGGAGAACAGUGCUUUUCGUGGAACUGACGAACUUGUUUCUAAUAUAGGUAAAUCUAAUCAAAGUGGGAAAUUUUUAAAUCUAGUAAAUUUAGUAUCUCAUUAUAACGAGCCUCUAAGAAUUCAUCUUGAACGUCAUAAAAAAGGAAGUGUUACAUAUUUUUCACAUGAAAAUGUAAUUAAGUAA